AUGAUAGCCAUUGGGAUAUUGGUACUGUCACUGUGUUCUCAGUUCUGUAUUGGUCACAGUAUUGAGGGAAAACAUGAUCAUGGUUCUGGAAGCGGCCAUUCGCAUUCACACACACACCCUGGCGACGACAAUAGCUACAUACAACAAUUCACGUUUGAUGUUUUAGAAAAAUAUGUGUUUCAAUAUAGUCCCAAAGUGAAUGCCUUGCUGGCCUCAACUAUAAUCCAAGCAACACCAUGCUUACUAGUGCUACUUGUCCCAGGCUUGAGAAACAUCACCAAUAUGAACGACGAAUCUAUAUUAAUAACAGCCUUAGAAGCUUUUGCAUUUGGUACUUUGAUGGGAGAUAUCUUUUGCCAUUUAAUUCCAGAAUCCUUUCAACUCUUCCCUGCACAUGAGGUCGGGUCUAGUUUAUUUUAUGGAUUCCUGGGGUUUCUAGUAUUAGACAAACUGAUGAAAAUGCUCAACGAAGAUGAUUCAGAAUUGGGACAUAGCCAUGGUCACUCACAUUCUCAUAGUCAUACUCAGAAAUCGGAUAAUGACGAAAGUACUAAUGAAAAGGAAUCAAAACCACACUCAGCUAAGAAUACUAACGCAACUAAAUAUAUCCAUGUCAUUUCGGGACUAUUACACCACUCUGUUGACGGUCUGGUACUAGCUUCGUCAUUUUAUGUUUCAACAGCAACAGGAGCCAUAACAACAGUUGCCAUAUUGUUCCAUGAAGUGCCUCAUGAGCUGGGCGAUUUCAGUAUCAUGCUUUCAAGCGGAUUUACCUACUGGGGUGCAUUCAAGGCUCAGAUGACUAUCGGCAUGAGUGCAAUUGUUGGGACUCUGUUCAGUUGCUACUUGAACGAAACCGGCCAGUCAACAUUCAAUUUCGAGACUGAUCGUUUACUACCCAUCACAGCUGGUGGAUUCAUAUUUAUGGCCACAACUGGCCUUUUACCAAGAAUACUUGCCCAUAAACCAACAUCAAACUACAGCACAUUUUCAAUCCAAUUGCUGUGCAUAUUGGUAGGGUUCUACACCAUGUCAGCAAUGGACUGA